AGAGCAUGCCACUGUCAUAUGGCAACUCUGUUGAGUAAAUUGGCAGAGGGAGCUGUCUGGUAUCAUCUGUUGUUAGGAGGGGGGCGGGUCUUCCACGUGAAUCUUUUCUUGUACCCUCUGUUGUUAGUAUUGUUGCUGUUACUGUUCAUUUUCUUAAAGCCAGUAAAUUGUUAUUAUCUCAGCCUGAGAUCUUUACCUUUUGAGCCUCCAAUUCUCUCCAUCCCACCGCUGUGGGAAGGGGGAGAGGAAAGCAGGGCACCAAGAGAAUGGGCAUUGUUUGGGGGGGUCUCGGAGGGGACACUGAACAGAGCAGUACCAUCCCUAAACUACAACAGAUUCCAGUGCCCCAAUCCUCCACACCCCCAGUGCUCCCAAUGCCCCCAUGUUCCCUGGACCCACAGUGUCCCCAGUGUCCACUGAUUCUGGCUCCCCCCAGUCCUCCCGGUGCCCAGUGCUUCUGGCUCUCCGUGCUCCUGGUGCCCAGUGUUUCCAGUACCCAGUGUUCUCAGUGCAGUGACAGGAGUCCAGCUCCAGUAUCACCACCCCAGGCCCCCCUGUGCAGCCCAGGAAUACCUCCCAGCCCCCAGCCUGGUCCCCAUUGCCAGCCCUACUGAGCUGGUAACCGGAGCUCUGAUAGCAGCUACAGCUGAGGUGACACCAUCAAUAAUUGAGUGGCAGCAGGGCUCCACACAGGACUGCCUGCCUCUGCCUGCCUGGACUGUGGGGACAGCCUCGCUCGCUUGUGAUGGUGUCUCCGGCGAUUGCCCUGGCCUUCCUGCCCUUCAUAGUCACCCUGCUGAUCCGCUAUCGGCACUACCUGCUGCUGCUGUACCGGGCAGUGCUGGUGGCCUGGCUGCGGGACCGGCUCACUGGCACCUCGCGGGAGCAGCGUGCCUUCCAGUACGUGCUGGCCCAUGCCAUCCCUGGGGACCCCCACCACAUCCUCCAGACCUUCGAUCAGUGGUGCUACCACUGUGAGCACCUCAGCUGUGUGGGGCCUGACAAAGGGCGGAUCGUGGAGCGGGUGCUGCUGGAGCGGGCACCGCUGCGGGUGCUGGAGCUGGGCACAUACUGCGGCUAUGGCACCGUGCUGCUGGCACAGGGGCUGCCCCCAGGUGCCCGCCUCUACACCAUCGAGGGGGACCCCCGACACGCCGCCGUGGCCGAGAAGGUCAUCCGCCUGGCCGGCUUCAGCGAGCAGACGGUGGAGCUGAUCGUGGGCCCCUCGGAGGAGGUGAUACCCCACCUGCGGGAGAAGCACGGCCUGAUGAACGCCAACUUGGUCUUCAUGGAUCACUGGAAACGCUGCUACCUGCGGGACCUACGGCUGCUGGAGAGCCACCAGCUGCUGGCUGAGGGGGCCACCAUCCUGGCUGACAACGUCCUCUUCCCUGGGGCACCCCACUUCCUGCAGUACGCCAAGACCUGCGGCAAGUACCACUGCAAGGUGCACCGCGCCAGCCUGGAGUACUUCCGCGCCAUUCCCGACGGCAUCGCCGAGCUCCGUUACACCGGCGCCCGCUGAGCCCCUGCCCUGUGUGGCAGGGUUACCACGGCAGUGCCGGGUCCCCGACCUGGCCUCGGCCUCAACAUGGGCUCUGGAGCAAACACAGUGGCUGCUGUGGUCUGUGGUGGGGUGCAGUGGGUAAUGAGGGGGCUCAUUCCCUGUGGUGCUCCUGC